ACGCGAUCCGCCUUGUUAGACGCGACCAACCACCACCACUUUUGCCAGCCUGCUCCAUCUCUGUUCGAGUCUUAAUUUAUAUUGCUAGCGAGCGUUGCAUUUUUGAAUAUACCACAUAUCACCCGUACAUAUAUCGAAAUCCUCCAUUGAGACGAAUUGAGACGACGCGAUUGUCCACCGCACUCCACCGGACCACUGAUUGCCCCUUACCAACGAUUGCCCUCAAACGAUUACCCACAAGACGAUUAAAAUGCUUCGAACCAUGUCCCUCAAGCGCAAAGCGUCAUUUUCCACAUUCCCUACUCCUGAUAUGACGCCGGUCGUCGAAGGACCAUCGGUGACAAUGGACGACGCACCGCAUAUGAACAGCCGGACACGGAAGCGCUUUAGGGAUGACCGUCCAGAAGAGAAGACAGUAUAUGAAAACACCCUCCGAUGGCUCUACUCAGCCCAGCAGCGACAAGAGUCCGCCACUAUAAAUACCAACACAGAAGACGAGAACGAGAAUUUGGAUUCAGAGUCGCUACCUAAACCGGAAAUUAUUGAUCCUCGGCAACAGACACUACACAGGUUCUUUAAAUCCACACCAUCAUCUGCCCUCUCGUCGCACACGACCGGACAAUCGGCUGGUCCAAUACAGACGAACAAUGGAUUCGUACAACCAUACUCUGUGAAUUCGCCGGGUGUGUCAAUGGGUAGCGAUGAUAAUCGCAGCCCAAGUUCGAGGCUUAUGGGGGCCGAUAUGGAUAUGGAUGUGGAUAUGGAUUCUGGGAGUGAUCAGUCUCAUGAAUCCAAGGGGGGUGUUGGAGGAUUUAGAUGGAUGUAACGGCUCUUAAAAUGCCGUUAUAAGUACUGUUCUUUUUUCGCGGUCACGAUUAACCUGUAUGAUUUUGGGCACGGUGUUUGGGAGUAAAUACGGAUGAUAUAGUGGCCCAAGGGCCACGUUGUAUUUCACUUAUAUAAAUAUGAUGGAAUUUUUGGAAA